CCACUGAGCCUGUAGCUGUGCAAGGUUGGUUUCUUGCUUCCUUCUUUGUUCACUCACUUCACUCAUUACCGGAACAUCUCACUAUUUUAUUGAUUCAUCACUUCUUUUGACAGUAUUGACGAUGCACAGCACUCUGCUGCGAGUGUUUGUGGUGGCUCUGGGUCUCCUAACGCACCCAAGAGAUGACCCCGGGGUUGAGGAAUGGGGUGAUAUCACCACAGUGGGCAUGCAAAAGCAUGAAGAGAGGCUGCUGAGAGGAGAAGAAAAACUGGACCAUGAAAUGGCACAUAUCAGUAAGGAAAGGAUGUAUGCUGGGCCUGGAGAUGACACUCCCAAGGAACUUGUUGAUCGGUCUGAUCAGCAAGUUACUGAAAAAGAUAAAAUGUCAGACUUAGAUGAUGUGAAUGUCAUAAAACAGCAAUCAGAGGAAGACAAUGUUGAUCACAAAUUACAAGAAGGGGGAUAUUUUAUAGCAGAUUUGGAUCAGCAACAAAACUCCAAAAGUGAAGGUGAGACUGCUCUGAAAACGUCACAAAUUGACCAUGAGCAAAAGGGAAAUUUACAGCUGGACAUGAGGAGUAAACAGGGAGAAGAUGACUCUUUUACAGACCCAAGCAGACCACACAGGCAACAGGAAAAGCCGGAAGAGAAGGAAAUGUUCAGCUCCAAAGAACAAGAAUCAGCUCUGUCACACCUUCACACCAAGACAUCAGAAAAUGAAACUUCAGAGAACACCAUCGCUGACUGGGAGGGGGAUUAUCUCUGGUACUCAUGGAACAUAUUCUCCAUCAUCUCCAUGAUCCGCUUCUUUAGGAAAUACCUAGAAAGAAAUUCCCAAAUGAAGAAAGAAGAAACCAGGGCCUUCCCAGAGACCUGCAUGGCUGCUGAAGUGCCACUGCCAGACAGCCACACUCUGCAGCGAUUUCAUUCUAAAUGUAUUCAAGUAUCAUCCAAUAACAAAUGGAAGGAGGAUGAGUUUUUAGAGGGGUUUGCAAAUGAUCUAUUGGAUGCUAUGAGGAGUGUCUGUGAUAGCAAUGACGGUAUGUUGAUUGAGGACUUUCAGAUGGUGGGUGUGUGUGAUAUCAUCGUUCCCUUUAGCCCACCUGACCCUUAUAGUUUUCAGUGUCUGCUGUGGAACAACCAGGCGAGUGACGAGCUGCUAGAUAUGCAAGUCUGUGGCCAAAUAAAACUGGUAGAAAAUAAGAAAAUCCAAAAUGGCUGCCACUGUCAGUCUCCUGAUGCAGAUGAUAUGGUUUGCCUGCUGCAUUGUGAGACUGCGAAAGUAAUGACAAAAAUUACUGAUGUUUGUGAUGGACUUCUGUGCAUGAAGAACUCCCCGUUCUUGUCAAAAUCACUGGUUACCAGAUGGUUUCAGAGCGCUAUCAAACAAGCGUGGGCACUGAUUUCACAUAAGUAUGAGUUUGAGCUUAACAUCCGCUACAUUGAUGCUCCAGGUGCUCUGGUCAUUCGAUUUAGAUCAGGGAAGAAGCUAAGCUUCAGUAUGAAUCCUGUGGUUAAAUUCAAAACCGAUGCUCAUUUCUUCAUUACUCCUUGCUCCCCAAAGAACUUGGAUACUUACUGGACACUCUCCCUGACAAGCCAUCUUGAUAGUUUCUUUGAACACAUGGCUAGACACCUGCCUGGAAAUUCAUGCCACAGUCAAACUCUUGAAAUUGCCCAGUUCCUUCACCGGAAACAGGCAGCACUGUCUGGAAGUAGUGUGCUCAAGGAGGUUCAUUUCAAAACUGCACUAAUGCAUCUGCUUUUGACCAGAGCCCCAUCACAGUGGAAACCCAACGUUGGGACUUCCAGGCUACGAGAUUUGUUGGCCUUCAUGGAGAGAAGCCUUGAGAACAAGCAGUUGAACCAUGCCCUUAUUGGGAACCCCUUGACACAGAAAAUUAUUGAACUUCCUGCUGAAUUCACUAAAGCAAAGACUGUGAAUCUCUUCCAUCCCCUUGUGGUACACAACUGCAUCUACAGAGAUGCAGUGACACAUUUUCAGGAAAUGCUUAGAAAUGCAGACUUGCUCAUACAUGAAUAUGCUGGGCAGUGUACAGACAAUGCCAGUUGCGCCAUUUAAAGAGUCAUAAGCAUUAAGAUUUUAAAUUCUGCUUUUAUUCUCUUCUGUCAGAGUGAAUGAGUUAUGUCAUGAUAAUAGCAAGUGAUCCAUUUCUCAUUUAAAAAUCAUGUCUACAUAAUUCUGUCAGUAAUCAUUUUCCCAUCGCUUUAAGUCUUCAUGCUCUGCCACGUCGGGGUCAACAAAACUGAACGUGUCAAGGGAAUUCAUCCGAGGGUCAACCGCUGCAUAGUCAUCCUUGCCGCUUGCGACGACCUCCCAAGAGUGACUUGAGAUCAUACCC